AUGUUGCUCCCAAAAUGUGUGGCUACCACGUCACAAACUCCCGCCGAAGUUGGCUCGGGAGUCUCACAACUUGCUGCCUCAAAGAGAUACUUUAAGAGUGUUCAAUGGAGCGCAGACGGAACUUGUCUAAUUGCCAGUCAGUCAGACAAUUCCGUUGAUACCUUUGUUGUUCCAGUAGAUCUCCUUGAAGAGGCACCCGGGCCACGAACACUUUCUGCAUAUUGCAGCAUACAGGCCGGAGAAUCUGUCAGAGCUGUGGUCGGGUACCCGUUUUUCAAUCUUCAAGAUCCGUCCACCACGUUGAUCUUAUCGUCCAUGAGAGAUCACCCGAUCCGACUGAACUCAGCCCUGACCGGCCAUCUUGGGGCAUCUUAUCCGCUAGUCAAUCCCAUGACUGAGGAGUUCAUCAGCCCCCAUUCCUUGCUUUUCAGCAAUCAAGGUGAUCGCAUCAUUGCCGGUUCAGAAUCCCUCAUCUCAACCUUUGACGUGUCCCGACCGGGGGAGGCUCCGAUUUCUUCCAUUCCCACUGGCCCAAAAUGGAGAAAUACGACUGAGUAUAGUGGCGCUGUCAAUAUGCGAGGGAUUGUCUCCGCGCUCAGCCUUGAACCCUCAAGUGGCAUUUUGGCUGCAGGGACUUAUACCCGCUAUGUUGGUCUGUACGACUCCCUGGGCCAAGGAAACUGCGUCGGGGUCUUCUCCGUCAAAGGGACAAGUGCUGAUUUGCAAAUUGGCGGAGGAGGAAUAACACAGUUGCUCUGGAGUCCAUGCGGCAGAUAUCUCUACAUUGCUGAGAGGAAAAGCAACGGUAUUAUGCUCUAUGAUAUCCGCAAAACAGGUCAGUUGAUGGCAUGGCUGGAGGGCCGAGCUGCGAUGACCAAUCAGCGGUUAGGUAUUGACCUUGUUGGCACUGGUGAUCAAGGGGGCCAUGAAGUCUGGGCAGGUGGGCUCGACGGGCUCUUCAGGAUGUGGAAAGAUCCUUACGAAAAAGAAGGCUCUGUUUCAUAUAAUUUCGAGUUUCAGGGACACGAUGACGCUAUCUCGAGUGUAGUCGUUCAUCAUAGUGGAGGCGUACUUGCUACUUCGUCUGGUCAACGGCAUCUCGCUGCUGAACAUGAAGGGUCCCAGACGGAAGAUUUAAUACCGGAUUCCAGCUUGAAGAUCUGGGAAGUAUGA